AUGGUUGGGUCUGAACCUGGGCCAGGUGCCCAUUCCCGGAGUCGUACCACGAUGUUCCUGUUGUCAAACCUUCAUUGUGGAUCUUGCGUGUCAAGCAUUGAAGAGACUCUUUUCCGGCUUGUCCCAAGACCUAGCUCGGUGGAUUCGUCUGUUGUCUCUCAGACUGUCACGGUUCGCCACCUUCCAACUUUACCUGAGUCAACUCUAUCAAAAGCGCUUGUGGAUGCUGGGUUUGACAUUUACAAUGUGAUCCGAGAAGCGGAAACUGGGCCCAAUACUGACGAUGGCACCCCCAACGAGAGCGCUUUGGCAGAGCAAGACGGAUGGAUCGAUCGGGCCGUGGAGAGAUGGUCGAAGCGCUAUAAGUCAGCCAAUAAGUCUGAAAAGAAAAGAAUAGCCAGACACAUUGAACGAUGCGAUAUUUGCCGUGCAGAAAAAGGGGCGAACUUGGAUGAGAAAAUACUUUCCGCUUCCACCGCAGGGCAAGUAGGUGCAACAAACGAACUUUUCGUUGUUGUCGAAUCUACAGAUUCUCCGAAGGCUGUGAAAGUGACCAUAUCUAUUGUGGGGAUGACUUGCGGCACCUGCGUUGGCAAGAUCUCCGAAGCACUCGAGAUGCAAUCAUGGGUACAGUCUGUGAAUGUUACUCUUCUUACCAAUAGUGCUGUAGUUACGAUUCGGGACAGAGGCCACGUUGCGGAUAUCCUCCAGGCCAUAGAAGACGUGGGAUAUGAGGCGACAGUAGAACAGAUCGAUGAACGUCCUGAUCUACGGGAGACCGACUGCGAGCCGAAGACUACCACUUUGCGAGCAUCAUAUUCUGUGGGUGGGAUGACCUGUAGUAGCUGUAUUGGGGCGAUCAAAGGGGCGCUCAAUAAAUUUGGCUGGAUAAAAACGGUUGACAUAAACCUCCUAUCAAACAGCGCUACGGUCAUAUUCGAAGGAAAAGAUCACCUGCCUGAGAUUGCGGGGGUUAUUGAGGAGAUUGGUUACGAGGCUACCCUGAAUGACGUGAAAGAACUGGACCGUAAAUUAUAUCAAAAUCGGCGGAGAGAGAUCGCAAUCCACGUCAGUGGAAUGUACUGUGACCAUUGCCCUCCUCGAAUCAUUGGCUAUCUGAAGCAGUGUGCUGGGGAAAUAACUGUUGAUAAAAUGUUGAGUAUGACCGAUCCGAUCUUGAAGGUCAGCUAUACGCCGAACACCCCAGGCUUCACCAUUCGGCACAUCCUAGCUUCGAUCCCAACGGCGGACCCCAAUUUGAAGGCAUCCCUUUAUCAUCCUCCAACGUUGGAAGAGCGCUCACAAAGGAUCAAUGCUCGCGAGCAACGACGUCUUCUACUUCGGACUGCUCUUUCUGUCGCUGUUGCUAUUCCAACCUUUCUCAUUACGAUCGUCUUUAUGAGCUUGGUACCGUCAGGGAAUACUGUUCGCCAAUUUUUGAUGCGGCCGAUGUGGUCUGGUGAAGUGCAGCGUGGAGAUUGGGCUUCGUUUCUCAUGGCUUGCCCUGUAUACUUCUUUGCCGCUGAUAUCUUCCAUCGUCGGGCAUUAAAGGAGGUAUUCGCUAUGUGGAAGCCUGGGAGCACAACGCCGAUGCUCCAAAGGUUCUACCGUUUUGGAAGCAUGAAUAUGCUCAUAUCCUUGGGCACCUCUAUUGCGUUCUUCUCGUCUGUCGCGGAAUUAGCCAUGGCAGCUACGCAUUCGCCAAGUUUGGCAACGAAAUCCAACCGCGCGAGUUAUUUUGACUCGGUCAUCUUUCUGACCAUGUUUCUACUCAUUGGAAAGCUCAUCGAAGCGUACAGCAGAGCAAAGACAGGAGAUGCUGUUACAAUGCUGACGAAGCUUCGGCCAACGGAGGCCACACUUGUUCAUGGAGAAUCCGGAGAGCAGGCGAAACAAAUUAGUGCAGACCUUCUGGAAAUUGGUGACAUCGUCAGAGUUCCGCACGGCAGUUCUCCGCCAUGCGAUGGCCACAUUAUCGAGGGCGAGGCUUGUUUUGAUGAAUCAAGCCUUACAGGCGAGUCGAGACCGGUGAAGAAGUCGGUUCGUGACGAGGUCUUUUCGGGUACCGUGAACAAUGGCGGUCCCAUCUCUAUCCGAGCUAGUGGCAUUUCUGGAGCGUCUAUGUUGGAUCAAAUCGUCGAUGUGGUCAGGGAAGGCCAAACUCGACGCGCCCCAGUUGAACGUGUAGCGGACAUUCUGACUAGCUAUUUUGUACCUGUCGUCACACUCAUUGCCAUUUCCACAUGGGCCGUGUGGCUUUGCCUGGGCCUCUCUGGCGUACUUCCAGAUUAUUAUCUCGAUAUCGAUAGGGGGGUUGGCCACUUUGCCGCUCCAACUGCUCUCUUUGUUGGUGGUGGCCUGGCCGCUCAAAACGGGAUCCUUGUUAAAGGUGGAGGAGAAGCGUUCCAAGAAGCCAGUGGACUGGAUUGCGUCGUCUUCGAUAAAACUGGCACCUUGACACAGGGCGGUGAACCGGUGAUCACAGACCACGAGGUUGUGCCUGGUGCUGAUGAAGGUUUGAUUCGGGACAUGAUCAAAAGACUAGAGGAAAACAGCAACCAUCCAAUCGCGAAAGCUGUUGUCUCAUUUUGCCAGUCGGAAAAGACAACAUCGGUACAAGUGGAAAACAUGGAUGAGAUCGCCGGCAAGGGUAUGGAAGGGACAUUCUCAACUAUGAAGCAGACCGUAAUGAUCAUUAUCGGGAACGAGGCUCUCAUGGCUGAUUACAAUGUCCAUAUCCCAAACUCCACCGCGCAAACACUUCACACCUGGAAAGCUCAAGGCAAAUCGAUCUCGUUGGUUGCCAUGAAAGUCACCUCGAGUGAUGGAACUGGGCUACCACUUACUGUCUCUACAUCGUGGGACUUUGUGAUGGCCCUCGCAAUUUCUGAUCCUAUACGACGAGAAGCCUUUGCUACUAUCGAGGCGCUGAAAAGGAGAGGAAUAGACGUUUGGAUGCUAUCCGGAGAUAACCAGACAACCGCAACUGCUGUUGGUCGAAUGGUCGGCAUCCCCGAGGAGAACAUAAUUGCGAGUGUGCUUCCCGGGCAGAAAGCCGAAAAAAUUCAGUCCCUCCAAAUGACGUUGAAAGCCUCCCGGAAUGCAUUUGGAAGAACACUUGAAUACACACAUAGGAGGGCGACGAUCGCUAUGGUAGGCGAUGGGAUAAAUGACUCCCCCGCCUUGACAAUGGCAGAUGUGGGAGUUGCGAUCGGUUCUGGAUCCGACAUUGCCAUCUCCUCUGCUGAUUUCGUUCUUGUUUCGUCUCGGUUAGACUCAUUGCUGAUACUGAUUGAUCUCAGUCGCAUUGUGUUUAAGAGGGUCAAGUUUAACUUCGCAUGGGCAUUGGUUUAUAAUCUCAUCGCCUUACCUGUGGCUGCUGGAGUUUUAUAUCCUGUCAAAGCCAGUGGAGGUCAUGUUAGACUCGACCCGGUUUGGGCCAGUUUAGCAAUGGCGCUGAGCAGCGUGAGUGUUUUGCUCCUUGACGAGCUAUCUCCUUUUUCAAUAAAGGGCGUCGCUGAUGGUGGAAUGUGGUAUGGAUACAUUGAAUUCAUCCACCGAGGCAAUAUUUCAAACACGCCAUAG